UCCAGAAAAACCUGCGGCCUCUCGCGCAGCCUGCGUGAUUGAAAAGGGUAAAGGCGUCCAAGGCAGAGGAAGUAAGAAUCACUGGUGAGUUGAGAGUCGUUCAGCGUACCCCAAUAAAUAUAAAGGGGCGUGGUUGUUCGUGAUACUUGAAUCUUGUCCCGACGUCUCGUAGGACUACCGGGCUUUAGUGCAGCUAUGAAUUUGGAGCGGGUCUCUAAUGAGGAGAAGUUGAACCUGUGCCGGAAGUACUAUCUAGGUGGGUUUGCAUUCCUGCCUUUUCUGUGGUUGGUCAACAUCUUCUGGUUCUUCCGAGAGGCCUUCCUUGUCCCAGCCUACACAGAGCAGAGCCAAAUCAAAGGCUAUGUCUGGCGCUCAGCUGUGGGCUUCCUCUUCUGGGUAAUUGUGCUCACCACCUGGAUCACCAUCUUCCAGAUCUACCGGCCCCGCUGGGGUGCCCUUGGGGAUUACCUCUCCUUUACCAUACCCUUGGGAACCCCCUGACAACUUCAGUACAGAAUGGGGACCUGCUCUUUCUCCCAGGAUGGGCUCCUCUGCUCUGAACUUACUUUCAAGCCCCAAAGACUUGUAAGACUUAUGCCCAUCUCCCAUCUUCUUUGCUGACAUCCCCCAAUAAAAGACCUUAACAUUC